GGGUAGACUGGGCAAGAGAAAUUGAAGAUCUAAAGGAGUUGGAGGGGUAGAGAGAUGGAGACAGUGAAGACAGAUAUGGUGGAAAUUUGGGCUGAGAACGAGGCCAUCAGGCAGGUCAACCAGACCCUCAAUAAGGUCAAUGACGUCCUAAGGGCCUAUUUACAGGCACAACAGGUUUCCUUCCAAGCAAAGGAAGUUGAGUGGGAAACGAGGAUACAAGACCUUGAGGCCAGGUGUGCACAACAGGCUCCAACUGCAGUAGUGGAUUGGACAGAGGUCCAAGGGUUAGAGAUCAAGAGACGACCUACAGAAGAAGCCUUCAAAAGCCAGAAGAAAGAAGAGAAGGCGGACCCGGAAGAGGGUGAGGAGAUUCCCCUGAUAGAUAAGGAGGUGUUGGAGCCACAAGAGGCACUAGCUGAGAAGGAAUCUGAGGUUGAAGAGCUUGAGUGGAGAGUGCCGACUUGUAUGAUACUUAAUCAGAAGCCAGCGAGACGGCAGGAGAGACCACCAGCUGAGGUCGAGAGAAUUGAAAUAGUUCCACCUACGACUCAACGAGGGGUUGUGGGACAGCGAGAGGAUCAGGAGAGCGUGGGUCAGACCAUGGUUGAGGUUAGGUCAAGAAGAGAUUUGAAGAGAUGUCAGGAGUCGUUCAUACCUCCGGAUAUACCUCUUACUGCAAAUCUGUGGGAUGCAUUAGGGUCUUGGAUCACUGGGUUGGGGCCAGAGGGACGUGUCGGCGAGCAGGCGAUGCGAACAGAUGACAGAGCGACAUGCCCCACUUCCCCAGAGGUUCCACAACAGAAGGUUACGAGUAAGGACACUGAAGUCCCGUCAUCUGUAGCCUCGCAGGAAGGAGACAAGAUGUCUCAGAAGAAGAUUGACAAAUGUUUCUACUGCAAGAAGGGCAAGCAUCGAUCUGACGGCUGCCCCAAGAGCCUCAAGGAUGAGGCAAAUGGUUUGGCCGUCAGAGAGUUAUCUGAAGUGUGGAGAGAUAGGAAUGGAAUCCCGGUUCCUAAGACUCGUGAUGGGGUGAGGGCGCAGUUGUAUAGGCAGUUGCGGGAGGUCAUGAGUGAUCAGGAGUAGGGUUCGUUAAUAAGGUCCGGAAAAGU